CAGUCAUCGUCACGCGCUAGGUUACGAGACUUGAGUUUCUGUAUUAUUAUAUUUGUAUAAUUUUUUUUUCUGAAUUUUCAUUCUGAACUUGCAUUCCUUCAAAUGGAAUAAAGAACAUACACUCAGAUCUAAUUCGUCAACGCCAGUUCAAAAUUCCAGGCAGGGUAAUUAAUGGAAUUUGUGUGUUACUGAAUUUGGAUUUAUGUGCAAUGCAGAGAUCACGUAAAGCUCUUCUGGAAAGAAGAGCUUCUUCAAUAAAAACUUCUUCCUCUGUAAAUAACAAUCAUUUUUAUGAAGUUUCUUUGGUUUUUGUUUUGUGGGGUUUACUCUUCCUCUUCAGCUUAUGGAUCAGUUACACAGAUGCAGAUCUCAUAAUCUUAUUUGUCAGUUUAUUAUCUUUGUAUGUAGAUGGAUCUGAAGAGAUUUCAGUAGGAUUAUCAAAAUGGAAUGAAGUUAACCAGGGAUUUUGUAAAAUCUCUGAUCCUGCUAAAUAUUUUAUUAAAGAAACUGAUGCUUGCGUCCCGUCCGAGGCUUUAUUAUACUCUAAAGGUGGAGGUUAUGAGGCUAAUGGUUUUGUUGGUGAGUCACUCACUAGUAGAGAAAGUGAUGAUUAUGCAGUACCUGGUGAUUGCAAUAAAGAAAAUACUGAUUCUUCCAAUAGAGAAGAGCAUUUAGUUGAGAGUUGUGAAUCUGCCAACAAACUUGAGAAUGAUACUCAAAAAUCUGAUCGCUUACCUUGGACUGUGCCUCUUGGUCUUGAUGAAUUCAAGAGCACGGCAAUCAGUUCUAAAGUUAAGUCUGGCACUGGUCAAUCUGGAAGCGUAAUACAUAGAUUGGAGCCUGGUGGUGCUGAAUACAAUUAUGCUUCGGCAUCAAAGGGAGCCAAAGUUUUAGGUUCUAAUAAAGAAGCCAAAGGGGCCUCUAAUAUCUUAAGCAGGGACAAAGACAAGUAUCUUCGAAAUCCUUGUUCUGUGGAGGAGAAAUUUGUCAUUAUAGAACUUUCCGAAGAAACCUUAGUUGAUACUAUAGAAAUCGCUAAUUUUGAGCACCACUCUUCCAAUUUGAAAGACUUUGAAAUCCAUGGAAGUCUGAGCUUUCCAACAGAUGUUUGGGUUUUCCUUGGGAAUUUUACUGCCUCAAAUGUGAGGCAUGCUCAAAGGUUUGUUCUUAAAGAACCAAAAUGGGUGAGAUACCUAAAGUUGAAUCUUCAAAGCCACUAUGGUUCAGAAUUUUAUUGCACUCUAAGUGUUGUUGAACUUUAUGGUGUGGAUGCCGUUGAGAGAAUGCUGGAGGAUUUGAUAAAUACUCAGGACAAUCUAUUUACAUCUGGAGAAGUUAAUGAUGAUAAGAAGACAGUAUUUCCCCAUCCUGAUCCGGCUGAGAGUGAACAUGUUCAUCAAAAUACUGUUGGGGGAGUCAAUUCGGACCCUUCUUCCGAAAUCACUUCUGCCAAUCAUGAGACGGUAAAAAGUAAUAGUGUUCCUGAUCCAAUUGAAGAAAUCCGUCAACAAGUUGGCAGGAUGCCUGGGGAUACUGUUCUGAAGAUUCUAAUGCAGAAAGUUCGUUCUCUAGACUUAAAUUUAUUUGUUUUGGAGCGGUAUUUGGAAGACUUAAACUCUAGAUAUGUCAAUAUUUUCAAAGAGUACAGCAAAGACAUAGGAGAAAAAGAUAUACUUCUACAGAAGAUCAAAGAAGACAUUAAGAAUCUCAUUGACCAGCAGGAUGUUAUAGCAAAAGAUGCUAGCGAUCUCAAUUCUUGGAAGUCUCAAGCUUCAUUGCAGUUAGAUCAUCUACUCUGGGACAAUGCUGUUUUGAGGUCUGAGGUUGAAAAGGUCAGGGAGAAGCAGGUCUCUUUGGAAAACAAGGGUGUAAUUGUGUUUUUAUUAUGUUGUAUUUUUUCAUCAAUUGCUGUGUUAUGGCUAUCUUUGGAAAUAGCUAAGAAUGUCUGUAGAGCACUAAUAAGUGUUGAUAGAACAGUUUACUCCAGGAAUUUUUGUGUGUGUAGCUCUUCCUGGUUUCUACUAUUAUUGAGUUGUAUCAUUAUUAUUUUCAUAUUAAGUUUAUGAUAGCCCAUUUUUGAGAUAUGUUGUUAUCUUGUGCGAGAUUCUUAGUGAUGAAGUUGCUUAUUUUUAUA